CCCAGAGCACACACGCACGCUUGGCGUCACCGCGGCGACCAGCAGUGACGUCAGAGGCGCGCCUCACGGAAGUCUGCGCGGGCUCGGCAGGAGGAGUCCUGCCUGUUUGCGCGCUCAUGGUGCGCUGCGGGUGCGCGUGGUGGAGACAGUAUGGAAAUUUCAUUGAUAAUGUAAGACUCUUCACCAAAGGAGGAAGUGGUGGAAUGGGUUACCCUCGUUUAGGGGGAGAAGGUGGAAGAGGCGGCGAUGUCUGGGUUGUAGCCCAUAAAAAUAUGACUUUAAAACAACUUAAAAACAAAUAUCCUCAGAAACGGUUUGUGGCUGGAGUAGGAGCAAACAGCCGAGUUAGUGCACUGAAGGGCUCCAAAGGAAAAGACUGUGAAAUCCCUGUGCCUGUGGGCAUUUCAAUAACUGAUGAAAAUGGUAAAGUUAUAGGAGAACUCAAUAAAGAAGAAGAUAGAAUUCUGGUUGCUAAAGGUGGCCUUGGUGGUAAAUUACAUACAAAUUUCUUACCUUUGAAAGGCCAGAAGCAAGUAAUUCACCUUGACUUAAAAGUUAUAGCUGAUGUAGGCCUAGUAGGAUUCCCAAAUGCUGGAAAAUCCUCUUUACUAAGUCGGGUGUCCCAUGCAAAGCCUGUGAUUGCAGAUUAUGCAUUUACAACACUAAGGCCUGAACUUGGAAAGAUUAUGUAUAGUGAUUUUAAACAGAUUUCAGUAGCAGAUCUCCCAGGUUUGAUAGAAGGAGCACACAUGAACAAAGGAAUGGGCCACAAAUUCCUCAAGCAUUUAGAGAGAACCAGACAGCUGCUUUUUGUUGUUGAUAUUUCUGGAUUUCAGCUUUCUUCUGUAACUCCAUACAGAACUGCCUUUGAAACUAUAAUACUUCUUACAAAAGAGUUGGAGUUAUACAAAGAGGAACUGCAGACAAAACCUGCACUGUUGGCAGUUAAUAAGAUGGACUUGCCAGAUGCCCAAGUAAAACUUGACGAACUGAUGAAGCAGCUCCAGCACCCUGCAGAUUUUCUGCAUUUAUUUGAAAAAAGCAUGCUUCCAGAGAAGGCUGUGAAGUUCCAACAUAUCAUCCCCAUCUCAGCAGUUACUGGGGAAGGGAUUGAAGAGUUGAAGAGCUGUGUAAGAAAGUCACUGGACGAGCAGGACAGCAAAGACAAUGAUGCAUAUCACCGGAAACAGUUGCUUAAUUUGCAGAUUUCCAGUGCGGCAUCUUAGAGUGAUCCACAUCAAGUGUGCUGUUACCGCUGCCCAAAAGGGCAGCAUUUAAAUCUAGUAUAAUGUAUUGGUGGGAUACUACUAUUUGGUUCUAACAAAGAAGGAAAUCAUGUUAUUGAAACACAGAUGAGCUUGGAAUGCAUUCUGUUCAAAGAAGCCAGGCAGGCAUGUCGAGACAAAUAUCACAUGAUCUCACCUUACAUGUGGAAUCUUAAAAAAACAAAUUGAACAAGUAGAAAUCCCGAAAAGUGGUCAUUAUUAAGGAUGGGAAGAUAAAGGGUUAAGAGAUGUUGUUCAAAAGACACAAAGUUUCAGUUAAACUCUGCAGAUCUGUUAUAUAGAUGGUUGUUUAUAGUUAGAACAGUGUAUCAUACUUUGAAAAUUUGCAAGAAAGUAGAUUUUAAGUGUUCUGACCACAAAAAAGUCUGAGAAAAUAUAUUUUAAAUUAGCUUGAUUUUGUAUUUCAGAACACUCUGUGUAUGAUAAAGAUACAUGAUAUUGCAGUCAUACUAAUUUGAAAGCUUUUCCAUAUUUUUAAGAUAGUCUUUACCUGUAGGUUUCCUGAUACAGGUAUCAUCAUUCAAGAAAAGAAAUUUUCCUUCUGGUAUUAACACAGCAAAGCAAUUUCUUUGUGCAAAAAGCAUACACAAGACCCAAACUGGGCUAGCAUGCACACCAAGACCUACAUGUUCCUAUAUUUUAUCCCUGUUGUGUGUGGUGACUGGGUCUCUUCCCAUUGGUGGGAGCUCAACUUCAUGGUCUGAAGAAUUCCUAAUUGGGUCAAAGGUUCAGGAAACACGAGUACUUAGAUGUUAAAGUUUCUCACAACUACCCUAUCUUUAUCACAUUAUUUUUCAAUUUUUUCCAAACUUCAGUGUUGGCCAUUUGAAGUUUCUAGGAAGAGUAAAUGAUUCACUUGAUUGGUGGGGGAGCCUGCCUUCCAGGAAGGUACAUUUUCUUAAUUUCUAAUUAAAGUAUUUAAAUACUUAAAAAUAGAAAUUUUUUUUUCCUUUUGGUGAAACUUGUUAUAAAAUAAACACAUUCACUUUUUUAAAAAAAUGCAAGCAGUAUACAGGAGCAUGAGGCCCUUCAGGCUUUCCCACAAGAACCAUUGUAAGAAAUAUAUAUAUAUAUAUAUUUACAUAUAUAUAUAUAUAUAUAUAUAUAUAUAUAUAUUCUCAAUAUGAGCUCAAAACAUUCCUGAUAGCUCAGGAAUAGUGGUGGAUAAGCUCGGGAUAGUGUGGUGGUCCGUGGUGGUGCUGGCCUGUAACCACAGUACUUGGGAAGAAGAGGGGGACUCUGAAGGUCUCCUGGGCCGCUUAGGAAUCUAGGCUGGUCUGUACUUUGUAGUGGGACCAUGUCUCAAAAAUGUUGUUCUUUAAUAGUAUGCUUUAUUUUAUUCUUUUGUGUGCUGGUGUUUUGCUUCCAAUGAAGUCUGCACCAUGUGAAUGCAGUGCCCAUAGAGGCCAGAAGAGAGCGUCGGAUACCCUGGAACUGGCAUUAACCUACAGUUGAGAGCUGCCAUAUGGGUGCUAGAAAUCAGACCCAGGUCCUCUGCAAGAGCAGCCAGUGCUUUUAACUGCUGAGCCAUCUCUCCAGUCCCUUUCCUUAAUAGUACAUUUUCUUUGUUAAGAAUUAUAUGAUAAUUUAGUGCAUAGUAGCAGUUCUUUUAACUGACCCCUUUUUUAAAAAGUGUUUUUUUCUUAAAUUGUAUAUUGAUUGGACUUAAAUUUCUCCUGACUUGCUAAUGUGGGUGCGUUUUAUAAAUAUUCUUUUAAGUUUGGUUCUAGCUUCUGUUUGCUAUGCCUACCUCUCAUGUAGUACCUGGACUAGUUUUUCUUGUAUCGCUUUUUUCUUCCUUACACGGGUACUUUAUUGAGCACUGUGUAGGCAUUACACAUGGUGGGCUACAGAGAACAGACAGGUCCUGCUUUACUGCAUAGCAGAAGCCACAGGGAGGCGGCAUGGCCUGCUUCACAGCACAAAAGUGAGGCUGAGAGAGUCUACACCAAGUUGUUGCCAUUGUCCCAUCAGUGCCCCUUUCUGCUGUUUCCUCACUGACAAGGAGUGUCAAGGACAGCUUCAUGGGGUGAACUCACCAGUCUGCUCUGGUCUGCUUUGUCCUUCCUGAGGGAUGUAGUUGCUGAAGAUGAUGAGUCAUAUGCUUGUCAGUGAUGCCUAGACUACUACUAACACGGAUCAUGAUUUAUUGUGUAAUUAUCAAAUUCUGUGUUCCAUUUAUUAGGAUUUUCUAGUUAUUGAAGGUAUGGCCUGUUUACCUCUUUUCAAAACAGAAGGAGAAGCCCUAGAUUUCUUAAAGCACUCACAUGUAUGUGUGUGCAUGUGUGAGCCAGCCUGUGUGCACGCCCUUGUGCAUGUGCAAGUCAGGCCUGGGGUUGGACCUUCUGAACUUGCAGGAUGCCAGGCUUGCCACACUGAAUGCUGGCAUCCGAACUUUGAUCCUCAUGUUUGAAUAGCAAGCACUCAUUUUAGUUGUGAGCAUAACACUUAAUGGCUAAGCCAUCUCCCCAGCCCCCAGAGGCAUGUUCAA